AUGGGUCUACAGCGGAGUAAUUCCGUGGUAUCUCCGAACACCGCCGUUCCAAUUCCUACGGUAAGUGAUUUCAGUUAUGUUAUUGCUACUGUUUCCAAUUACUGGAAAUUCUUUAUUUAGCUGUUGAGGUCGAGAUCAGUAUCCAAUGUAAGAUCAAAUCCUUAUUGGACCAGUUCCCCGGUUAUCUCCAAUCAUUACUUACUCAACAGCCAUGCCUUGGUAAAUUUUUCUUUCCGUUAUCUUUACUUUUUUCAACAAAUUUAUUAUUUGUACUUUACUUGUAGUACGAUGACUAUUGGUACUCCAAAUACAACCAUUACACUCCGUACAGGACCCAUUACAAUGGUUAUUUUUACCCAUAUUACAGUGGAAGUUACAGGUAUUCAAAAAAUAAAUUCUCAUAUAAAUUAUUUUAGAUAUGAUGUCAGUUACCCCAUUUACCGUCGUAUCUUCAGCAGCCACCGUUAUCCAUUCUACCGCCCUUUGUAUUAUCGACCAAAUAGAAGCUAUGAUUGUAAGUAACGGGUUGUUGUGACGUACGUUUUAGUGCUUUACUAUUGA